UUUAAUCCAAGACAAACCGCUGCUAAUUUCUGUUGUUAGUUUGAGAAUUUAUUUCAUUGCUUCACAGUGUUUAUCAAUUAGGAGGUGAAUGUAACAUUGUAUGGCAAGAUUUUUAUAUGAUGGUAAAGAAUCAAGGGGGUUUACAAAGUUCUGUGUUCCUAUCGGUCACGUGGUUGUCGUGAAUAGUCAUUGACCUUUGGAACGUUAUCGUUGGUUGAGGAAAGUCCGGAACAUUUGUUGGGGGAUAGGCAGAAAUUCCUGGUAGUGAGGUCGGACGUGUUCCAAUUUUAUUCGGUUAGUAUCCGCAAUAGUUUGCACGUGUCAAAAUUAAUCAUUUGCUGAAAAACAUUUGUUUGUGUUUUGAGAGUGUCGUGAAUUGAUAGUGACAGCAGAAGACAACAAACACAGCUGAUGGACAGAAGCAGUAGUUCGAGCAGCUGACCAAAGUAUGUGAAAUUCCUGUUCCUCAAAUUAAAGGACUGUAGUAGCUGUUCCUCAAAUUAAAGGACUGUAGUAGCAGUAUUGAAAUAUAAAGGGUAACGCCGCAAGUGCAGGAGUGUACAAUGAGGGUGACAAAUUCAUGAUAGUAACCGCAAGAGCUGCUGUGACUGCUAGAAGAGAGAUUGGAACACUGCCUCCAUGGACAGAAGUAGUGAACGAACAACUAGAUAGACUGAGCAUGUGAUGAAUGCUGCUAGAGCAGCCCAGAAAGUCUGCAGGCUAAAUGUGAAUGGUACCACGGUGUCAGGAGAAGGGGCAACAGAGGAAGAAGCAAGAGAGAAUGUCCUAAAAAAAGUUAAAGAAAUGGUCCGUCAUUCACCUGUUUCUCUAUCUGGUGAGAUGCUAUCAGUGGAUAUGAACUCAACUCACUUUGGAUCAGGAAGACCAACAAAUGUGAAUAUGGUUGGAAGACUCCAAGAGUUUUGUGUAGCUAAGCAUUGGCCUCUUCCUGUAUACAAUUUAGUAAACGCUCAAGGCCCUUCACAUAUGCCUCAUUUUCACAUGAUGUGCAGUGUCAGAGAUUUGGUGGCAGUGGGUAAUGGUAGAACCAAGCAAGAAGCAAAACACUCUGCUGCCAAGAAUCUUAUGGAUUUGAUUAGAGAAGCUGGGAACCCAGAUCGAGGAUCAGUCCCUGUGGGUCGAGUUCCUCCUCUGUGUGCACCAGCACUGGUAAGUCGUGAGGUGGACAUUGUAUACAGAGAGCGACGGAAGUUCCAGAGUCCACAUUUGCAGGCAGUGCCAGUCUUUGAAGACUACCGUGAAACUUCCCCUUUGCGUAGUCGGCCACUCCUUGCACUAAAAGGGAAAGAAGAUGGGGAUAGAUGCUCUUCUGCUGAACGGGUACCUCGUCCAAUAAGUGAAGUAACAGAAUGCAGUAGAGAGCCAAUACCAUUACCCUCUGUUGAAGACUACUUAUGUGGACGUUUCCAGGAUCAGUUGAAAGUUACUGGAUCAUCGAUGGUGGGGAUGAUGACAGAAUGCUCAAAGUUGUCGCUGCAUCAUUAUUUCACUCAACUUUCCACAGUAUCAGAUGUAACUGAGAAAAGAAGUCUGCAUUUCACUACGUAUAUUUUGUGAGGAUCGUGUCUGUCAGAGAUAUAAAUUCACUGUGAAGACAAGAAAUUGUUACACAGUUGACAUUUUCACAUUGUAGUGAACAGAGUUUAUAAUAUAUUUUGAUGUUAAUAUUCAGUAAAAAUUUUUUAGUUAAAUUGGAGCUGUUUUUCACAACUGAAGUUCGAAUUAUUUGCAUCUGAAAUAACUGUAAGAAGUGGAACAUCUUAUGUUGCAUAGGACUCUGAUAAAACUAAACAGUCAUCAAAACGUAAGUUAAGGAAGUUCUAAUAUUAAAGUGUGCAGCACGACAGUGCAAUGAGUUCUAGCAGUAGGACAGAAAUGUUAUGUAAAAAAUAUAUGCUUAUUAAAAACUUAUUGCCAGUUUGUUGGCUACAUUUUUAAUGCUUUAUGUGUGUUAUAUGCGUGAUUUUAGGCUUCCACAUUGUACUGAAUUAUAUUUUAAUGUAAAUAUUAAGGAAUAAAUUUUUAAUGAAACU